CAUUGAUUCAUUCAGUUGGACUCAACCAUCCGAAACAUUGACGAACGAUGAACGGCUUUUUACUUGCUACUUUUCUGCUUCUGGCUGUUGGCUCCACUUUAGGAUCCAAUUCCAAUCAAUACUCGUCCUCCUACACGGGUUGCCGUGACACUAUUCCAUCCGUUUUGAAGAAAAAUGGACUGACGAAGUUGGCGGCUCUGGUGACAGAAGCCGGCCUCGCAGACACACUUUCCGGCCCAGGGCCCUUCACUUUAUUCGCACCGACUGACGAGGCUUUCGCUUCCAUCGAUCCGAAAACUCUGAAAAUAAUUUUGGAAGAUGUCAACUUGUUGAAGGAUAUUCUUACCUAUCACGUUGUUGCCUUUGAGAUCCCACCCUCAUUCCUGUCUGCCACUCAGCAGGUGUACCAACUCCCCACCGUCCAAGGAUCGGCUCCCGUUCGGAUCAACGUCUAUCGGGAAAAUGGAGCCAUCACCUUUGAUCCCGUCAAGACUGUGACCGUCAACGGAGCGCUCGUAUUAAGAAAAUUGAAAGCGUGCAACGGGUACGUCUACGUGAUCGAUAAAGUCCUCAAUCCCAAAGAUUUAAUGCCGGAAAACGAUGAGAUGGAAAUUUUCGAUCGAUACGGUUUGACAACGAUCAAAAAGAUUUUUGACGUCCUCGGUGCUAUACCAUCGGUCAACAUCUUUUAUCGUCCGGAAACGAUUUUUGCUCCGACCGAUGCCGCGUUCGCCGCCCUGCCACCGGGACUGCUCGACUCGUUGUUGGCUGACAAGAAGAAAUUGUACAAAUUUAUUAACAAUCAAAUCGUUUCCGGGUAUCAUUACAGCCGAGGACUUGAGACUGGUCCCAUCCUCGCCGCUUUUGGAGUAGUCGUCGACGUUCAAGUAUCUCCCGGGAAAAUCACGUACGGUGGUGCCAAUGUCGUUAUUCCAGACAUAACGAAUGUCCAGGGUGUCAUUCACGUCGUUGAUGCCGUUCUUCUAACCGACGAGGACUUUCCUGCCGACCAGAAAUAUUCUUAUUAAAUUAUUUUUGAUCUGAAUUCUCGCUAAAUCCCCGAUUAUUCGCCUGCAUUAAGUUCACCUUUUUAUGUCUCUAUACUCUGAAUGGUUAAUUGAAUUUCAAAUACAAAAAGGUUAUUCAGCUGAA